CUUCCAGUAGGAACGCACGCAAGAGACGGGAUGCAUUAAAUGCAAUGAUGGCGACAGCAGCAGAGGAGAUCUCAGAAAACACUGUGACACCAGUGUCUUUCAAAAGCGCAAGGAAAAACCAGGAUAGACCCUGGAAACUGAGCUUUAUUUAUCUGCAGUGCUAUUUUUUAACAAUUGCUACAAUACUGGGGACCGGGAUCCUGGGACUGCCUGUAACUAUCGCUCGGGCAGGUCUGGUGCCUUUCUUGAUAUCCUUCCUUGUAGGCUUUCUAGUGCAGGCUCUGCUCAUUUACCUGUUUGUAGAUUUGCUUCAACGAUGCCGUUUAGCCCAACUUGAGGCAUUGAAGACUGCAGAAACUGAGAGGAUCUUAAUGGAAGAAGUCGGUUUUGCAGAACCUCCGACACAAAAUGCAGAAGAGGAAGAAGAUGGGGAGGAAGUGGAAGAGGCAGAUACGGGUCUUCUGCAAAGGGACGUCACAGCACGGAGGCAAGAUGAGGACCUUCAGCCAAAUCUGCACGUGCUGGGAGUUCUCUUCCUGGGCAAACACACCAGCCGUGCAUUCGACUUUGUUCUGCUCUUUCAAUUUGUGUCUAUCGGGAUCAGUUACGUCCUGGCGGGAAGUGAGGCCUACGCUGCACUUUUUCAUACCAGUUAUUAUGUUCCAGAGCCAAUCACCUGA